AUGUCAUCAACUCAAACAACUGAGUCUAUUUCUUCUCGAGAAUGGUUUGAACAUAUCACUGGUGUCACCGAACAAGAAUUUGUCAUGACUAAAGCAACUCAAAUUCAUGAAUCCCCCUCUAAGUACACAACACCCGAAUUAUUUAUAACCAACAAGAAAACGCAUGAAGACUUUUCAUGUGGUUCUUUUGAGUUGUUAUCUUUGAAAGAUCUUCGCAAGUAUUCGACUCCAUCUACAGUUCCUGCUAAAUUCGAAAUUUUCAUACGCAAGUCAUCUGCCUCUCUUAACAAAGUAGAAGUUUCAGCAAUGCAACUUUCUCCUGAGUUCAAAAAUUCGGUCUUUUUGGUCGCUUCAAAUUUCAAUGCUGUUGAGAGUGUUUCCGAGGGAAUUUCACCAGAUAGCCAUAAUUUCACAACCAACUACGUUUACGACAGAACACAGGGGCCAAUCGCAUCUAUUGGCGCUCCAGCUGCCGCGAUUUGUCGUGUCCACUUCCCCUUUUAUGAUUCAAAAAUUGAUCCCCAACAGUGGGGUCAGACAGACGAACACCAAGUCGAAAUCCUUGGAAAACUAAAGAACAAAUAUCCCGUAGUGAAUGGAUACCCCCUUUUGUCUAAAGAAAAGAAAGUUACUGAGAGUGAUGAAGAUAAAUAUAUUGCAGCGAUUCAUAGUAAUGUCACUGCUAUGAUGAGAAUGUGUGGUGGAAAAAUAGAAGUGGUUGGACAAGCAGACCGACAGAAGAUCGACCAAGUUAUAGCCGCCGCUCUUAAUGUGGGACAGGGGAUGAGUGGGAUGCGUAACGGACAAAUUGCUGAUAAGGAGAAAUCAAUGCGGACGUUCCCAUUAAAAUGUGGAUAUGAAGCAACAUAUUUAACUGCAAUUAAAAAUGGAAGGGAAAAUGUGGUGUUAACUUUAUUAGGAAAUGGGGUGUUUGGAAAUACAACUGAAAGUGUCUGUGAAAGUAUUAUACAGACACAUUUGAAAUUUGGAAUAAAGAACAACGGAAGCAUUAGAAGAGUAAUCGUUCCAUUGUUUUCAAUUGGGGGUUAUGAUGCAUUACCAAUCUUCGAGAAAUUACUCAAGAAAAAUGGCGUUGAAUAUGAAGUGAAGGUUUUUGAGUAA